GUCGGUGUUCCUUACGCCAUUUGCGUGGGGAAGGCGGGCGGCAGUGCGCAGGCGCGGGAGCCUCGGAGGGGCGGGAGGAGCGGCGGCGGCGGCGAAGAGCGAGAGCGAGAACAUGAAUGGAGCAAGAUGGCGGAUCAUGUGCAGAGUCUAGCCCAGCUAGAGAACCUGUGCAAGCAACUCUAUGAGACAACAGACACCGCGACACGGCUGCAGGCGGAAAAAGCCCUGGUUGAAUUCACCAACAGCCCAGACUGCUUGAACAAGUGCCAGCUCCUUCUUGAAAGAGGGAGUUCCUCUUACUCCCAGCUAUUGGCAGCUACAUGCCUUACGAAAUUGGUGUCGCGCACAAACAACCCUCUGCCCUUGGAACAGCGAAUAGACAUACGAAACUAUGUGCUCAACUACCUUGCAACCAGGCCCAAGCUUGCAACCUUUGUGACCCAAGCACUAAUUCAGCUCUAUGCCAGGAUCACAAAGCUAGGCUGGUUUGACUGCCAGAAGGAUGAAUACGUUUUCAGAAACGUCAUCACUGAUGUGACGAGGUUUUUACAGGACAGUGUAGAGCACUGCAUCAUAGGAGUGACAAUUCUCUCUCAGCUAACCAAUGAAAUUAAUCAAGCAGACACUACACAUCCUUUGACCAAGCACAGGAAAAUAGCCUCUUCAUUCCGAGACUCGUCUUUGUUUGAUAUUUUCACACUCUCAUGCAAUUUAUUAAAACAGGCGUCAGGGAAGAACCUGAACUUGAAUGAUGAAAGCCAGCAUGGCCUCCUCAUGCAGCUUCUCAAGCUCACACACAACUGCCUGAACUUUGACUUCAUCGGUACAUCCACAGACGAGUCUUCGGACGACCUCUGCACUGUGCAGAUCCCAACCAGCUGGAGAUCAGCAUUUCUAGAUUCCUCAACCUUACAGCUGUUUUUUGACCUAUACCAUUCCAUCCCUCCUACGUUUUCACCUUUGGUCUUAUCGUGUCUAGUGCAAAUCGCUUCUGUCCGUAGGUCCCUAUUUAACAAUGCAGAAAGAGCAAAGUUUUUGUCUCAUCUUGUUGAUGGCGUCAAGCGAAUACUGGAAAACCCCCAGAGCUUGUCAGACCCAAACAACUACCAUGAGUUCUGUCGGCUGCUCGCCCGGCUGAAAAGCAAUUACCAGCUGGGGGAGCUGGUGAAAGUGGAAAACUACCCAGAAGUCAUCCGACUCAUUGCCAACUUCACAGUGACCAGUUUGCAGCACUGGGAGUUUGCUCCGAACAGCGUCCACUAUCUCCUAAGCCUGUGGCAGCGACUGGCAGCCUCCGUUCCAUACGUCAAAGCCACAGAGCCCCACAUGCUGGAGACAUACACACCUGAGGUCACCAAAGCAUACAUCACCUCCAGGCUGGAGUCUGUGCACAUAAUAUUGAGAGAUGGCCUGGAAGAUCCCCUGGAUGACACGGGUCUGGUGCAGCAGCAGCUUGACCAGCUGUCCACUAUUGGCCGUUGCGAGUAUGAGAAGACUUGUGCGCUCCUUGUGCAGUUGUUUGACCAGUCAGCCCAGUCUUACCAAGAGUUGCUGCAGAGUGCGACAGCCAUUCCUGUGGAUGUGGCAGUACAGGAAGGGCGCCUGACGUGGCUGGUCUAUAUCAUUGGGGCUGUGAUCGGCGGCCGAGUAUCGUUUGCCAGCACAGAUGAGCAGGAUGCCAUGGAUGGGGAACUUGUUUGCCGGGUCCUUCAGCUCAUGAACCUGACAGACUCACGCCUGGCUCAAGCAGGCAAUGAGAAGCUGGAGCUUGCCAUGCUGAGCUUCUUUGAGCAGUUUCGGAAAAUCUACAUUGGAGACCAGGUGCAGAAAUCCUCUAAGCUGUAUCGCCGGCUCUCAGAGGUCCUUGGGCUGAAUGAUGAAACCAUGGUCCUGAGUGUCUUCAUAGGGAAAAUCAUCACCAACUUGAAAUACUGGGGACGCUGUGAACCAAUCACCUCCAAGACACUACAGCUUCUCAAUGAUCUCUCCAUUGGCUACAGCAGCGUUAGGAAACUGGUGAAACUGAGCGCUGUGCAGUUCAUGCUGAACAAUCACACAAGUGAGCACUUUUCCUUCCUGGGCAUUAACAAUCAGUCCAACCUGAGUGACAUGAGAUGUCGGACCACUUUCUACACUGCACUUGGGCGCCUCCUCAUGGUGGACCUAGGGGAGGAUGAAGAUCAGUACGAACAGUUCAUGCUGCCCCUCACAGCUGCCUUUGAGACUGUGGCACAGAUGUUCAGCACCAACACUUUCAAUGAGCAAGAGGCAAAAAGAACACUGGUAGGCCUAGUGAGAGACCUAAGGGGAAUAGCCUUUGCCUUCAAUGCCAAGACCAGCUUCAUGAUGCUCUUUGAGUGGAUCUACCCUUCCUACAUGCCAAUCUUGCAGCGGGCCGUUGAGCUCUGGUACCACGACCCGGCUUGCACUACGCCCGUGCUCAAGUUGAUGGCUGAACUGGUGCACAACAGAUCCCAGAGGCUGCAGUUUGAUGUCUCCUCACCCAACGGCAUCUUGCUCUUUCGGGAGACGAGUAAAAUGAUAACUACCUAUGGGAAUCGUAUCCUAACCCUGGGGGAGGUUCCAAAGGAUCAAGUGUAUGCCUUGAAGCUCAAAGGGAUCUCCAUCUGUUUCUCCAUGUUGAAGGCUGCACUCAGUGGCAGCUACGUCAACUUUGGGGUCUUCCGUCUGUACGGAGACGAUGCGCUGGAUAAUGCCUUGCAGACCUUCAUCAAGCUCCUGUUGUCCAUCCCACACAGUGACCUUCUGGAUUACCCUAAACUCAGCCAGUCCUAUUAUUCAUUACUGGAAGUUCUAACGCAAGACCACAUGAAUUUUAUAGCUAGCCUGGAGCCCCACGUCAUCAUGUAUAUCCUUUCUUCCAUUUCGGAAGGUCUCACGGCACUAGACACCAUGGUUUGCACAGGUUGCUGCUCUUGCUUGGACCAUAUUGUCACCUAUCUCUUCAAGCAGCUGUCCCGCAGCACCAAGAAGAGGACUGCCCCCCUGACCCAAGAGAGUGAUAGGUUCUUGCACAUCAUGCAGCAGCACCCAGAGAUGAUCCAGCAGAUGCUGUCUACUGUGUUGAAUAUCAUCAUCUUUGAGGACUGCCGGAACCAGUGGUCCAUGUCCCGGCCUUUGCUUGGCUUGAUACUACUCAACGAAAAGUAUUUCUCAGACCUUAGGAACAGCAUUGUGAACAGCCAGCCACCGGAAAAGCAGCAAGCAAUGCACCUCUGCUUUGAAAACCUCAUGGAAGGCAUUGAGCGCAACUUGCUCACCAAGAAUCGCGAUAGGUUUACACAGAACCUAUCUGCUUUCCGGCGGGAGGUGAAUGACUCUAUGAAGAACUCCACUUAUGGGGUAAACAGCAACGACAUGAUGAGCUGACAUCUUGUGCGAAGCCUCUCUCUGGCCGCCGGCCGGGGAGGUUAACUUUUCCGAUGGAAAGACAAAAGGGCAUUUGUGAUCCCUGCUGGUCCCUGGGGCUAGGCUGCAAGUGGAGGAGUUGUUGUUGUUGUUUGCGGGUGGACAGAGUUCACCGGGGCAGGGGCUUUUUUCCUGGGGGAGAGUGGCAGCAGACCGGCCCUCCCUGUGUGAAUGUCAGAGAGGAACCCUGUGCCCUGCCACAGCCUGCCUUGUAUAAACAUGUACAUUUUUUCAUAACAUUUUGAACAAGGUUUAUAUUGACUCAAGUUUAAAAAAAAAGGUGUGACUGAAAUUUUUACAGAGUUUAGUGCAGCAAUGCUGGCGUGAGGAUGGUGUGUGAGUGCGGACGCUGCGUCUCCUGGCCGCCUGCCGCUGUGCUUCCCGUCAGGGCUGUGUGAAAGUGCAGAGUUAUAUUUAGUGACAGGUGUAGAGCGAGCGGCACAAGAAGUGUAAAGUUCCAAAUGUAUAUUUUUCUUAUACAUCCCCUUUUAACGUGUACCAUCCUGCCCCGACCUUCCCGCUUGUUAGGAACUCAAAGCCAUGCCAUGCUCCAUGUCGUCCCAUGAGUUUGUGUCCCCCUGCCGUCUGCCGCCACACGCUUUCUAAGCCUGGUCUCAAAGGUCCAAUCGUAGAAAGCCUGAGCCGGACAUCGUCACCUGUCUGUCCCUCUCCCUUCUUUGCACAUUGCACCAGACCUCCCCUUCCCCUACAAACCCUCCUUAUCUCCCAGCUACUGGGAAACAGGCGGAGAAGCUGCUGCUUGACCGAGAGGCCGCAACAGCAUUUCUCCUACCCAAGAAACCAUCUGCCCCAUGAACAGCCCUGUCUUGCAUUGCCUGCCCAUAGAUUUCCCAAGCACCCACACACACACACCCCAGUAGUCAGAGGGGACAGGAGCCUUGACCCAUUGUGCAGCUCAGCCCCAACACACACACACACCCAAUGCUGCAGCAACCACUUUGGGUAUUUAAAUUCACUUGGAGCAAAUGAUGGGGAUGGGGAGAACCCGUUUGCCUUGACCCUUCCCCGUCUUCCUUGCUGCUAGUUCUGUGCACCCCUUUCUUCCCGGCUCUAAGCGGUCUUGGUUUCUAUUCCCAGAUUGCACCUCCUGUUAUUGGGGUUCCCCCCCUCCCUCCCUUUCCUUUGGCGAUUGUAUGUUGGGUCCUUUUUGCGUGAGCAGAUUGCUGGAUGACUUGUAAGGGUGUUUGCUGCAUACAGUGUAAGCAUUGUGGCUGCAAAUAAACUUCAGUGGUUUCUACUGAGCUGUGUGAAACCGGG